AUGGAACAGGCCGGUGUUUCUUCUACCGUCCGUUCCAAUACCGGUCUUAGCAAUGACCUUUUCCACGAGUUGAAGAGCUCUAUCAGGGGAGACCUCUUCAGGCCGAGCGAACCCUUGUUCAUGGAACGGUCGAAGAUGUUCAACGGGAAUGUCUUAUGCACGGCCAAAGCGGUCACAUCACCACUGGAUGCUGUGGAUGUUAGCAAAAUAAUCCUCUUCUGCCGCAAACACAACCUCAGCCCAUCCGUCAAAGCUGGAGGAUAUGGUACCGCGGGAUGGGCCAUUAACGGGGACAUCAUCAUCGACUUAUCUAGGCUGCACGACAUCGAUAUCGAGCCGCCUCUUCACUAUCAGCCAACAGACGAGGCUAUCUCAUCGGAGGAGAAAGCGCCGUUACCAUGGACGUCGUUGAAGGAUACGCCUACGGGUGGGUCGAAGGGCAAGGGAAAGGCCGUUGUCACCUCCCCGCCGUCGGUAUCGCCAACGAACAUGAAUACCAAGCCAAUAGAUAUGGAUGGAGACGUGUCCAUGUAUUCUUCUUCCUCCCAUAUCCGCUCCACCCCAUCCACGGUCCUCAAUCCAGCUUUGCAAGCCUUCCUCUCUGGGCCAGCACUUUCGCGUAAUUCAUCAGAGGACGAUCCAAAUGGAGAUGGGUACGACGAACCGAGGAGGCCGCCGGCGCAUAAGAGAAAGAUUACGACCGUUGAGGACGACAGGAUUGAGCGGGAGAAGGCGAAAGAGAGGGGGAGGGAGAAGGAACCAAGUGUGGGACUAGAUGCGGAACGCGCCGGGACGGACUCCUUACUCCCGGAGCAAGCAGAAAGGCAGACGUCGACGGGCAGCGGCGGUUAUGGUUCGGACCCAUUCGGAUACAUGGCAGGUUCAGGAGGUCAUUCGAGCUUUGCACCACCAUUGAUGUGGAGCGGGGCACCGGGCACAGCUGGGCAUGAGCACCAUUCGCCUUCGAUGGCUGGUACUGCGUCCGGACUAGGCUCCGGAGUCGGUGGGGAAGGAGGAUGGGGUGAAGUCGAACCGCUGUAUAAAGAGGCAUAUGUUACAUUUGGAGCGGGCGUUAUGGCGAAGGAAGUAGACUUGUGGACGGCGGAACAUCCACUAGAUGGGAAAGAGGGACCGGUGGUUUAUCAUGUGCCUUUUGCUGCACAUCCAGUCGGAUCUUCGAUUAUGUUGCUUGGCGGUUUCGGAUUCUUGAGUCGACUACAUGGUCUUAGUAUUGAUAAUCUGGUUGAGGUGGAGAUGGUUCUUGCGGAUGGGAGCAUCGUGGUUGUUAAUGAGAGGGAGUACCCUGGUGUGUAUCCUUCUACGGGUUUUCCUUGGGAACAUGAUCUGUGGUGGGGAAUACGUGGUGCUGGGCCUACGUUUGGUGUGGCGACGAGGUACAAAGCUAGAGCACACCCUAUACCCGUAGUUUUCGCGGGAAACCUGAUCUACCGAUUCCACCGCGCCACUGCUGCCUCAUUAAUACGCCACUUCCGUGACUGCGUCAAAGGCGCUCCACGCGAGCUCUACGCCAACGUUCUGCUCACCGCCGGACCCGCCGACAAGGACUCCCUCGUGGUCGUUCAGAUAUGCUAUGUUGGUCCGAAAGAGAAGGGCAAAGAAUUCCUGGAGGCGAUCAGUGCGUGGUCGGGAGAGAGGUGUCUUUUGAACGAGGUCGAUGAGAAGAGCUUCCUAUGUCAACAAGAUAGUGUGGCGCAGGUUUUGAGGGCGAAGGCGGGAAGACAGUGGUUCAUCCGUUCAGCACUCGUGACCUCCUUACCGGACGACGUGAUAAGUCAGACUGUCACUUCCUUCGCGGACACUCCUAUCGGCUGCACGUGGUUGUUUGAGCUGGCCGGUGGUGCCAUCGCAGACUACGAAGAUACUUGCAUGCCUAAGAGUCAGCGAGAGGCCGUCUUCACCGUCGCGGCACUUCAUCAAUGGGAUAUGGGUAUCAAUGACCCCAGGUGUGUCGAAACAGCGGAGGAGUGGUUUAAGGAGACCAUUGCACCUGUGUCUACCGGUGGUCCCAUCCCUUCUUUCCUUGGCCGCGCCGAACCCCCUUCUCGCGUAAUGGCAUCCUAUGGCGAAAAUUGGCCAAGGCUCGUGGAAUUGAAGAAGAAAUAUGAUCCUAAGGGCAUGUUCAGGAAUACAUUCUGGCCACUUGGGGAGGACGCACAUACUGUGAUCGGUCCGUCAGAGCACGAGCCCAGGUCCGCGCAGGAAGGUAAGAACGGGGAAGGGGUGAAUGAUAUAUGA